AUGGCGACCGUUCCGGUGGCCGGUGAUGGCGUUGCACUUCUCUAUUGCGCUAUUGUAUUGUUGGCGUUGACCUGGGUCACUUUCUUCUUGCGUGCUGGAGUGAGGAUAUGGAGGAAAGCAUGGGGUAUGGACGACUAUUUGAUGUUGCUUGGUAUUCUUCUUUUCACAGUCACUGCCGCCCUUUGUAUAGUAUGUUGCUUUUACGGGUCUGGGCAAUUCUCUCGUGAUCUGCCUCCCGCGACCAUGGCAAUAGGAAUAAAGCUCUUCUACAUUGCUGAGUAUUUCUAUUGCGUCAGUGCCAUGUUCAUCAAGCUCAGUGUUGCUGUGGCGCUACUACGUAUUGCUGCCACCCGAGACUUCUUCAAAUGGGGACUAUGGGUUCUCAUGGGCUCCUGUAUCGUUGCUGCGCUUGUGUUCUGUAUCGGCAUUGCAAACAUCUGCCAUCCUAUCAACACGUUAUGGGGAGAAUCCAAUGGUGUAUGCAAUCUCCAACUCAACACGAACGUCAGUUUGUUCUACUCGGCUAUUGAGAUUACCGCAGACUUCAGUCUCUCAAUCUUGCCAGCAAUUCUACUAUGGAAUGUACAGAUGAAGACCAGGGUGAAGGCUUCGGUUGCAGUAAUGCUCGCACUUGCUUCUUUUGCCUCGACAGCUACAAUUGUCAGACUCAAGUACCUCACCCUCUAUAGCGAUCCCGGCGAAUUCAUGUUCAGUACUGGAAAGAUUGGCUUCUGGUCUCUUACAGAAGAAGGCAUCGGCCUUAUUGCCGGAUCUCUCCCAGCGCUUCGCCCUCUCCUCUCCCUUCGCAUCCGAGUAAGUGUAGGCUCGAACACACCCGGUGCUACAUCAGGGAGGGCAUACAAUUCAGGGUCUCACCAUCUGCAACCACCAUCACGUUCGCGCGGGAUUCCCAUGGAUAAUUUUCAGACGCUUGGCGACAACGACGAUUGUGACAACAGCGAUGGAGAUAGCCAGAAGAACAUUAUCAAGGAAACCAAGUUUUCUGUCACAACAACUGCCACUGGACCUAAAUCCAAUCCGGUGAUGCCAUGGAAUGCGAACCAGUAG